AUGGCGCGUUACAACUUUCUUCUGUUGUUUUCAUUUGCAAGCUUCUUUGCUGUUCUUGUUCUUCUUGUUCGUGCUCAAGACCAAUCAGGUUUUGUCAGUAUAGAUUGCGGUAUACCUGAGGAUUCAAGCUAUAACGAUGACAAAACAGACAUAAAGUACGUUUCAGAUGCUGCUUUCGUCGAGUCCGGGACAAUCCAUAGCAUAGAUCCUGAGUUUCAGACAAGUUCCCUUGAGAAACAGUUCCAAAACGUUAGGAGCUUCUCUCAAGGCAAGAGAAACUGUUACGACGUGAAGCCUCCUCAGGGAAAAGGCUUCAAGUAUUUGAUCAGAACACGUUUCAUGUACGGUAACUAUGACAAGCUAGGAAAAGCGCCAGAGUUCGAUCUUUACCUUGGGGUUAAUCUCUGGGACUCUGUUAUUCUAGACAAUGCAACUACGGUAGCUACCAAAGAGAUCAUCUACACUCUUCGCUCAGACCAUGUUCAUGUGUGCCUUGUUGAUAAAGACAAAGGAACCCCAUUUUUGUCUGUGUUAGAACUCAGGCUCUUGAAAACCGAUACUUACGAGACUCCUCAUGAUUCAAUUAUGCUCUAUCGAAGAUGGGAUCUCGGGUCUCUUGUAGAUCGUCCUGUCAGGUACAAAGAUGAUGUGUAUGACCGUAUAUGGAUGCCUCUAAAGUUCGCAAACAAUAGAGUCAUUACCACGAACCUGACGAUAGAUUCGAAUAUCAACAACGGUUUCCAGCCUGCUCGUGUCGUGAUGAACACGGCUUCGACGCCUUUGAACGCAAGCUUAGACAUACUGCUCACAUGGGAACCAGUUAACCCUUUGUGGAAGUUCUACGUGUACAUGCACUUCUCUGAAGUUGAAGAGAUACCAAGCAACGAGACGAGAGAGUUCUCGGUGAUUUGGAAUGAUAAAACUAACUUGUAUGAUAAGUUUAGCCCUCGUUUCUUGUACACAGACACACUUUUCGUUCAGAAACCUGUCACAGGACCGAGACACGAGUUUCUUUUCAAACAAACAGAUAAAUCUACGCUCCCACCAAUCAUUAACGCCAUUGAGACAUAUCGUGUCAACGAGUUUCUUCAGUCGCCUACUGAUCAACAAGAUGUUGAUGCAAUUAUGAGAAUCAAGUCCAAGUAUGGAGUGAAGAAGAGCUGGCUCGGAGACCCUUGUGCACCUGUAAACUACCCUUGGAGGGAUAUUAGCUGCAGCUAUGUGGAUAAUGAGUCUCCAAGAAUCAUUUCCGUUAACUUAUCCUCAAGUGGCUUGACUGGCGAGAUUGAUCCAGCCUUCUCCAACCUUACAUCGAUUCAGAAACUGGACUUGUCACACAACAGCUUAACAGGAAACGUACCUGCUUUCCUUGGAAAUCUACAUAACUUGACGGAGUUAAACUUGGAAGGAAACAACUUAAAGGGUACUCUUCCGGCGAAACUACUAGAAAGAUCAAAAAGUGGAUCCCUUUCACUGAGAUAUGGCGGGAAUCCAGACCUCUGCGUUGCUGCUUCAUGUCAAAAUACUGAGGAAAAGGCUGGGAAGAGUGCAUACAUGAUUCCAUUAGUAGCAUCUGGCGCGGUAGUGAUUGGUCUUGUAAUAGCAAUAGCUCUGUUCUUGCUGUACAAGAAGAGACAUCGAAGUGGCGGCUCUAAUAGUGUUAGGACCGGGCCAUUGGACACAACAAAGAGAUACUACAAAUACACAGAAGUUGUGAAAAUGACAAACAACUUUGAGAGAGUUCUCGGACAAGGUGGUUUCGGAAAAGUAUACCAUGGUGUCUUAAAUGACGACCAAGUCGCUGUCAAGAUUCUAUCUGAGUCAUCAACUCAAGGGUACAAAGAGUUCAGAGCAGAGGUUGAACUUCUCCUGAGAGUACAUCACAGGAACCUAACCGCUCUUAUCGGAUACUGCAACGAAGGCAAGAAGGUAGCUCUUAUCUACGAGUUUAUGGCUAAUGGAACCUUGGGAGAUUAUUUUUCAGGGAAAAAAUCCUAUGUCUUGAGCUGGGAGGAGAGGUUACAAAUAUCACUAGACGCUGCACAAGGGCUGGAGUAUCUUCACAAUGGUUGCAAGCCUCCCAUUGUACAAAGAGAUGUGAAGCCGGCUAAUAUUCUAAUCAACGAGAAGCUUCAGGCCAAGAUUGCUGACUUUGGGUUGUCUAGAAACGUUUCACUGGAGGGUAAUAACCAGGAUUCGACCGCAGUUGCUGGAACUAUCGGUUAUCUCGACCCCGAGUACCACUCGACGCAGAAACUAAGCGAGAGGAGUGAUGUUUACAGCUUUGGGGUGGUUCUUCUAGAGGUUGUCACGGGCCAACCUGUUAUUUCACGUUCAAGAACAACAGCAGAGAACAGACACAUAACCGACCGGGUCGAGUUGCUUCUGUCCACAGGAGAUAUCAGAGGCAUUGUGGAUCCAAAGCUAGGAGAGAGGUUUGAUGCUGGCUCUGCAUGGAAGAUCACUGAAGUAGCAAUGGCUUGUGCGUCUCCUAGCUCUAAAAAUAGACCGACGAUGAGUCAGGUAGUGGCUGAGCUGAAGGAGAGUGUAAGCAGAGCAAGAGCCGGUGGUGGUUCUGGUGCCAGCAGUGUUACAGAGCCGGCAAUGACGUCUUAUGACUCGGGAAUGUUUCCUCAGGCGAGGUAG